AUGGAAAAGGUCCAGCAGUAUCCUGUCUGCGGAUUUGUACCUCCUUACAUCCUCUCGGCCAUAGCCAAGUCUGCCGACACAAAACCUGAUCCUGUCGGAAAAGAUACCGGUGCUGCCUGCAAAGAUACGCUUGAACAUCAAGAAAAGUCCUAUAUCACUCAGCGUCAUAAGCUGUGCACUGGAACUCAGCAAACUCUGGUGGCAGCAGGAGCUACACUGCCAGGUUCCGUGCAGAGAGAGAUCUACGAUUGUAAGAGAACUGGCAAUCUCCCUGGAGAUCCUGCUAGAUCAGAAGGAGGGGCCCGCACUGAGGACCGCCAAGUCACCAAUGUCUACGACGGAUUUGGAAUCACGUAUAACUUUUUUUCGGAGAUCUUCAAGCGUAACUCCCUUGAUGGCAAAGGGUUGCCUCUUAUCGGCAGCGUCCAUUACAGACCGGGAAGCACGCCAAAAGGAUACAACAAUGCCUAUUGGGAUGGUGAAGAGCAGCGAAUGGUUUUCGGCGAUGGCGACCACAUCACCUUUGACUACCUCACCGACUCGCUGGAUGUCAUCGCCCACGAACUGAGCCAUGGCUUCGUCCAAUUCUCCUCACCGCUCAAAUAUGAAUGGCAGUCAGGAGCCUUGAAUGAGUCUUGUGCCGAUAUCUUUGGCUCCAUGGUCGAGCAAUGGUAUAUGAAGCAGAGCGUGGAUGAUGCAGAUUGGAUUCUCGGUCAGACACUUUUUCCUGUGGCAUUUACAGGUUCUGCUCUACGAACUUUCAAGGCUGGGAAAGCAUAUACGAAAGACCCUAUCUUCGGAACUGACCCGCAGCCAAAGCACAUGGACCACAUCAACAAAGAACCUGGUGAUAAUCGAGGCGUCCAUAUCAACUCUGGUAUCCCGAAUCAUGCCUUCUAUCUGGCUGCGAAAUCUCUUGGUGGGUAUUCCUGGGAAACGGCUGGCAAGGUGUGGUACGAGACCAUGACCUCGGGUAAGAUUAAACCCAACUGCGAUUUCAAGACUUUCGCGAAAGUCACAGUGGAUGUCGCUGGAGAGACAUUUGUCGAUAAGUCGGUACAGAAGGCUAUUUUUGAUGCGUGGGUCAAGGUCGGAGUCCUUGCUCAAACAAAACUCUGA